AAUAACAUUCAUAAAGUGAUGAUAUUAAAUACAUUAGCAUCAGUUAAUCCUCGAGUUUCAUUGAAACAAUAUUUUAUUUCUUGUUUUGUGAAAAAACCAUGAAAAUGAUCGCCACUCUCUUUGUUGUCUUUGCUUUUGCUUCUGCAGCUCUUGGUCAAUGUCCAGUUCCCCCACCUGUUCCUGCUGUUGAUAUUAGCAAAAUUGCUGGUCUAUGGUAUGAAAUAGCUGGGUUCUCUGCUAUUGGUUUCAUUGACAGUUAUACAUGUACCACUGAGGAAUUCACUCCUCGAGAGGAUGGAAACUUGAAUAUUACGAUUCGUGGCAACGAACUUAAUGGAUCAAAUGUUACUGACUAUGGUUUGGUCAAACGUACUGAUAAACAAAAUUUACUCGAUAUCUAUUCACUAUCGCCUGAACAUGAAGAGAAUCCAUACCCAAUUAUCUUCUAUGUAGCCGAUACAGAUUACGAUAACUAUCUAGCUGCUUCCUUUUGCUAUUAUAUUCCUGGAUUAGACACAGCCAAAGGUGGUAUGAUUUUAUCCCGGACCAACACCAUGGAAGCUGACAAGUACAACAAACUGGUCGAUAUGUUGGUUAAUAAAAUUAAGGUUCCUCGCGAUUAUAUUUUACCAACAAGCCAAAAAGACUGCAAAUAUUGACCAUUAAUGAUAUCAAAACUUGAAUAAAAUUGAAUUUUACUCUAA